AUGCAUCGUCUUUUUGCUGAGCUGGAGCCAUCUUUAACCGUCACAGAGCAAAACCUGGCAGACCGAGUUCAGUAUAUCUUGCGCUCAAAUAUAUUUGAUGUCGCCGAACUCGAACGGCUACGACGUGAGGCUGUUCCCUCGUCGGAUGAGAAUGCUACGGCUGAGGAUGCGGCGCCACAAAUGGUAGAGCAACCCGCAAACGUGGAUGCCGCCGUGAAUACCCCAGUUGUGGUUGAUUCAAACGAUGAUGGAACAGUCGCCCAGGAACUGGAAUUAGAGCAUAUGAGGAGUACAUUGGAAGAGGCGAUUGUGGAAACGCGCAGUACGCCUCUCGAAAAUCGACCGCGACUUCCCCCGCAUAGCCCUAAGCAAGCGGAAUCGGGCUGUCGUGAGGGCUCUGAACCCAAUGCUGGUGACCUAUUUGGAAGCCAGCCGGGACCUUUGCGAGACGGACUCAAUUCUUUUUGGCGCCGCGCUGGCAGUCUGCCGUAUCAUAGGCGCCAAGGUUUCCACGGCUGGACGCGCUACUGGCCAUAG